AAUGCAGCUCGAAGAGGAACCGCAAUGAGCUCAGUUUUUACAACAUGAAAAUAAUAUAUUGCGGCUUAUAUCCACGCUCAACUAAAAUACUCCAUGGGACUAAUACAUGUGAUUACGGACCUUCGGAUAUUUCCAUUCACUAUUCCGACUGGGAUUAAUGUUUUAUAGCGAAGAGGAAGGAUGACAAAGAGAAAAGGAUACAGAGACUGGAGAUGGCUGGCUCUUUGGUGGCAUCAUUUCUUGCUCUUGUGGAAUAUAACAUGCGGACAGACUCGUUACAGCAUCCCGGAGGAACUAAAGCAAGGCUCUGUGGUAGGAAAUCUAGCCAGAGAUUUAGGUUUGGGAUUGUCUGAGAUCUUUGACCGUAAGCUCCGCGUCGCGUCUGAGGCUGGUGAGCAGUAUUUCACUGUGGAUGCGGGGAAGGGCGAGCUGGUGGUGAAUGACAGAAUAGACAGAGAGGCUCUAUGUGGACAAAGCGUCAGCUGUGUGUUGCCUCUGCAGGUGGUGAUUGAAGAUCCGUUACAGCUAUUUCGUGUCGAGGUUGAAAUUCAAGACAUUAAUGAUAAUGCGCCUAGAUUUCCGUCAAAUGAUAUCACACUGGAGAUUGCGGAGUCUACGAGUUUAGGGGUGCGUUUUCCUUUAGAAAGCGCAAUAGACCCGGAUGUUGGCAGUAAUUCACUAAAGUCAUACACACUCAGUAAAGACGAGUGUUUUAAUAUCAGAAUUAAAGACGUUGCUGGUGGAAGAAAAGUUCCUGAACUGAUUUUAGGUAAACUUUUAGACAGAGAAAAAAAGGCUGUUCACAAGCUUCUGUUGACAGCUCUAGAUGGAGGAAACCCGGUGAGAUCAGGAACCGCUCAGAUAUUGAUUAAAGUUCUUGACAUCAAUGAUAAUGUGCCGGCGUUUGAGAAGCAGCUGUAUAAAGUCUCCGUUAGUGAAGAUGCCGCAGAAGGUGCUUUAAUAGUACAAACAAAGGCAACUGACGUAGAUGAUGGUCAAAACGGAGAGAUAGAGUACUCGUUUGGAGCGCACACAUCUGAUAUUGUUCUCUCUAUUUUUGCAAUUGAUCCAAUAUCUGGAACAAUAUUUCUUAAAGGAAAACUAGAUUUCGAAACAACCUCAAAUUAUGAAUUGGACGUAAUCGCGAAAGAUAAAGGCACUCCGAGAAUGGAGGGACAUUGCACUGUGAACGUGGACGUUUUAGAUGUUAAUGACAAUGCUCCUGAUAUAAUACUCACCUCUCAGCCGAAACCAGUGCGCGAAGAUUCUCCUAAUGGCACAGUAGUGGCUUUGCUCAGUGCCAAAGAUUUGGACUCUGGCGAUAAUGGGAAAGUAACAUUACUGCUCCCCAAGAAAUCUCAGUUCGCCUUAAAGCCUUCAUUUUCUCAUAAUUACGCACUAGUUACCAACAGUGUGUUAGAUCGAGAAAACGUGUCUCAAUACAACAUUGAAAUCACUGCCGUAGAUGCAGGUUCUCCUUCUCUGUUCAGUAAAAAAAUGAUACCGGUCAGCAUCAUUGAUGUCAAUGAUAACCCUCCUGUGUUCACUCAGUCCUCCUAUAACGUUUAUUUAAAAGAAAACAAUGUUCCAGGCUCCAUCCUCCACUCAGUGUCAGCAUCUGACCUGGAUUUAGGCGACAACGCUAAAAUCUCUUACUCUAUACUGGACUCUAAAGUGCAGGACGUGUCCGUCUCCUCCUAUGUUUACAUCAACUCCGAUAACGGCAGCAUCUACAGCAUGCACUCGUUUGACUACGAGAAGCUGAAGGUGUUUCAGAUCCAGGUUCAGGCAAAGGAUCAGGGCUCUCCGUCUCUGAGCAGCAACGCCACUGUCCAUGUUUUCAUCCUGGACCAGAACGACAACGCCCCCGCUGUCAUUUACCCCUCCUCCGCUGCCCUGGGCUCCCUCUCUCAUCAGAGGAUGCCCCGCUCCGCUAAAGCUGGCCACCUGGUUACCAAGGUAACGGCCGUGGACGCUGACUCGGGCCAUAACGCCUGGAUCUCCUACAGACUGGCGGAGGCCACAGACGCCUCUCUGUUCACGGUCAAUCUGUACACAGGGGAGGUGAGGACUAAACGCGCUGUGUCCGAGCAGGACGACUCCUCUCAGAGGCUGCUCAUAGAGAUCAAGGACGACGGGGAACCGGUCCAGUCCUCCACCGUCACGGUGUCCAUCCUGCUGGAGGACGGCCUCCAUGAGCCCAUCCUGGAUCUGCGGCACAAGUUGUCGGAGCCCAGCAGGAAAACUGGGAGAAUCACGCUUUACCUGAUUCUGUCUCUGGCCUCGGUGUCCGUGCUGUCUCUGGUGACUUUGCUCAUCUUAGCGGUUAAAUGCAUCAGGAGCAGCAGAAGCAGCGGCAGCUGCUGCAUGAGGCGCAGCGACUGUGAUGACUACAAGAACCCCAACAGAAACCUGCAGAUUCAGCUCAACACCGAUGGACCUAUAAAGUACGUGGAGGUCCUGGGAGGAGACAUGUUGUCUCAGAGUCAGUCCUUCAGGUCGUGUAUGUCUCCGAUGUCCGAGUACAGUGAUUUCACGUUGAUUAAGCCGAGCAGCACCACAGACUUUAAGGAGGUGAUCAGUGUUCUGGAUGCGUCUUUACCCGACAGCACCUGGACCUUUGAGAGCCAGCAGGUGAGCAAAACCAUCCACUAAGCUUAAUAAUAAUCA